AUGUAAAUAAUGUUUGUAGUCGAAUGGAGUUAAACAACCAAGAGCUCCCGAGGAACUAACAGGUCAGAGCAAUUUCAUUAUAGUUCAUUAGAACCUAACUAUAGUGCAGGUCAAGAGCUUCAAACGAAUUAGACAGUUGAAGAUUAGAAUAACUUCACCUGCUCUUCAUUCUAUAUCAUGUUGUUAAGGUUAUUCCUAUCAUUUGCUAACAGGGGUGAGACUCAAUGUAAUUCAACAGAAGAUCUUAUGCAUUUCGUGAUAAUUCAGAAAUUCUCUGGCCCCAGCAUACAUCCCAUAAUCUAAUAAACUCAGAUCAGGUUUCCCUAUUCUGAUGAUUCAUGUGUAGAGUAUGUCAUUGGAGUUGUUUUAUUAUGGUUUGUGUUUUGUUUCUGAAUUGCUCAUGCGCAAUAUAUCUAAUUUGUAAUAAUGCUAGAAGUUUCUCAAAUGAAAGAUUUGAGGUUUUUCUUCAAUCCCUGUUGAUUAUGUAUCUUUUCCACAUGCUAUCAUUAUGAAGAAAAUCAAGUGCUGAGGUAUGAAGUAAAGAGCACAGAGUGCAAUUUGUUAACUCAUGCAAUAACAAUAACUUGACAAUAACAGUAACAAAUAAGCCACGUGCACAACGAUUUUGUUUUAUGUAAGUUUUGCAAUCCUCAGCUUGUCGAAUGGGGGUAAAAUCUCAACCUUUAGAAAAGGGUAAAUACACAAUAACCAAUACUGUAAUCUUAAGAGAAAUGUUAGAUUUAUAUUUGCUGGUAAUUUGACUCAUAUGUGCUAAAUUAUCCUCUAGCUAUUGUCUGCAAUAACAAUGCGGGGGUAUUGCGUCAUAUCUCCAUGGCAACGUGUUUGGGGAUUCCUGCGCUCGCGCGGACCAAACACGGAUUGUAGACGGAUUUUUUUUUUUUAGAAUAAAUUGUUCAGAUUUGUUCAUUUUCAGCCAUGACAGACGGCUUGCUUGCUGUGGUGUCGGAGGCAGAACGCAACAGCUUUCCGACUCUGUCUCAGCUGAGCGAGAACGAUGUGGAUAAUAUUUGGGCAAAUGUGUCUGCUUUCAUCGACCGGCACAUGUCUAUGCAAAAGGGAGUGUGCAUUGCUGGCCUUGGAGUCUUCACCUUCUCCCAGCAGAAGUUGGAUCUAGGCAGCAAGUAUGUCCUUUAUCAGAGGCCAGUCUUCAUCUUAACUGAGAAACUUUGCCAGUCUCAUGGCCUUAAACAGAGCAAACCUCUUGCUGCAGCAGGGGACAUACCGGUGGUGCAGCUCAAUUUCACCGCCCUGAGCGUGGAUAGCCCGUUCGAGCGCGACGUGGUAGAAGGCUGUGUGAGGGAGAUGCUCCUCUUAUUGCUGCGUGCUGUGGCUGCACAGCGCAGUGUCUUCCUUAUCUUCAGGGGUAUUGGCGUACUCUCAUUCCAGCACAGCAACGUCAAGAUGAAGUUCUACCGUGACUUCAUCUCAAGCAUGGAUGGCUCAGGCACACUCCUCUGGGCUCUGUCCAACAGACCUGGAACGAGCAUCUCCAUAAUCUCUGGGAAGCACUCAAGCCUCCAGCGCCUUGGGAGCUGCAAUGCCAUGACAUUCCCCAAGAUCUCUUCAGGAAAUGUACUGAGAGAGGAGGAAGCAGAACAUGAAGGUUCUGCCCCUGAGCUGUAUGAUAGACAAGAGGAGAAUAGGAAAGAGUCUAGACUUUCAGCACAGCAUGUGUUCAGGCCAUCCGCAUGCAAAGCACAUGGAAACAUCUUAAGUGAUAACCAAGAGACUGGGAUUCCAUUCGAAACUACAGAAAGACAGUCUAAAACCUCACAGCCACCAGAUGGCGCUGCUGAAAAAGCAGAAUUGAAGCAAGAAGCUGCUUAUCCAGGUCUGGCUUGCCAUGACCACACCCGAGCUGGACAGGAGCUAUGUUACCUGUGUAUGCAGCGAGCCCAGCGUAACGUACCACUGUAUCUAGAAGAGGAGAGAUCCCGAAAGGACAAAGAGGAGGAGAAACUGCUUCUGCUUGCUCAGAAACACAGAGAUGAGCAGUUCUUUGAGAGAGAACAAGCCACGCAAGAGAAGAAACUGCAGAACAAUAAGAAGAUGGCAGCAAUUAAUCUCGGGGUUGCUGAAACACUGAGGGCAAAAAAGUUAGCAAAGUCGUCCCAGUUUGAGGGCUCUUACAUCUUUGGUAGACGUCCAGUCACUCCUCCCAGGCUCCUGAAACAGAGGUGCUACAUGCAGGACUUGACAGAGCAGCUGACCCAGAGAAAGCUGGACCACACACAGAGAUGCCAAAACCAGGAGCUCACUGAACGGCUGCAUCAAAUCCAGCUAGCUGAUGAGUUUGCUAAAAUGAAAUCCCAGGAAUUUCUUCAAAAAAAGGAGAACAUGAAGAGGCUCCAAAAGGCCCUGGAUAUCCAACUGGAACACCAGAGUCCAGGUCUCCCUGCACGCCAGCCUGACUCGGACGGCCCUGUGUUUGGGGUGAGGGACGGUGCUCCGGAUUUGCUGGCUGAACAAAAGCAGAGAGCACAAAGAGUCGGCGAUGAGCAGCGAAACGCAGCACGGAGCCAGAGGAAGGAGGCGCUGUGUAGCUGGCUGAGUGAGCAGAGAAAGGAAAGAGACAUGCUGCAGCGCAACCACAAGGAAUUGAUCGCAGAUCGGAUCAACCGUUACGAGAGGCUGAGGAAAGUGAGGACUGCGCUAGAAGACACAUGGACUCGCAGCGCUGACCUGAAACACUGCCGAGACAUGGAGGAGAGAGCCUUCAUUAGGUCAGGUGGCAGGCUGCUGAUAGAUCAGUGUGAACAGUACCGCCGCUGUUUCCAGUGCAAGAGAAAAACCACCAACUGUGGUGAGAGCAACAUCUGGAAGGAGUCACACUACACCUCUGGCUCUCGUCUGAUGGUGUAGACUCUUCAACUUUAUUCUACUCUACUCUAUUUUUACUUUAGAAUUAAUUACUAUAAUACUUGAAGUUCUAGUACAAUAGAAUACGGUUGUAUCUCAGUCCCUCCAGGAUUUCACCGGAAAAUUAGGUGGGGAAUUUUGUGUAGAAAACUAUUAGGAUUGGUGAAUCCUUCUCCUCCUGUGAUUCUCUUACCAGUUAAGACACAUGCAAUUAAUUCAAUUCAAAUUUAUUUGUAUAUUGACAUUGUCCUAAUUACUUUUUUUAUGCAAAAUCCUGGAAGGACUGGUAUCUGGUACAGAUGCUGAAACCUCUGCUUGGUGAUUUGUUCACAAUAAAAGUGCAGAUGUCCAUCUU